AUGUUCAUCAAACCUCUCGUAUCUGCCCUUCUCUUCUCUGCCGUCAUCAAUGCAGCGACGGCGCCUCUCCUCGGGACUGCUGCGUCCUUUGCAGUUCUUGGGGGCCAAACAGUGACAAACACAGGUCCGUCAGUGCUUAACGGUGAUCUUGGAGUCAGUCCUGGGACAGCAAUCACGGGCUUCCCCCCUGGUACUGUCAAUGGAGCGACCCACGCUGGUGAUGCGGUCGCACUUCAAGCACAGUCUGAUUUGACAAUUGCAUAUAACGAUGCAGCUGGCCAAGGACCCGUUGCUACUGUGGGGACCCCCACGGGGGACCUUGUUGGUCUAACACUUCCUCCUGGUGUAUAUAACACCGCUAGUAAUGGACCAAUAGCUCUCAGUGGGACUCUCACACUCGACUGUCAAGGAAACCCGAAUGCAGUCUGGAUCUUCCAAACAGGAUCCACGCUCAUCACUUCCACCGGCUCCACAGUUACCACGACUGGUUGUGCCAGGACUCCUUGCAAUGUCUUCUGGCAAGUGGGUAGCUCAGCGACUCUGGGAGUUAAUAGUAAUUUUAUUGGGACCAUUAUGGCACUCACUUCUAUCACGGCCAACACCGGCGCGCAAGUGAGUCUAGACACAAACAAUAUCAACAUUCCAACGUGUGCAACCACUACGUCGACCACCACAGCGACCACAGCAACCUCUACGGCGCCCGUAGUGACCAUUACGCUGCCAGGAGGAGGAGUCAUUACAGUACCCGUUACCGUUCCCAUUUCGGUGCCUAUUUCGGUGCCCAUCGGCAGCGGCAAUAACAACGGUGGCGGCAUCCUCAGCGGCAACGGUAAUGGAAACGGUAAUGGCAACGGUAAUGGCAACGGCAAUGGCAGUGGCAAUGGCAGUGGCAACGGUGGAAAUGGCAACAACGGCAAUGGCAAUGGUAACGGCAACAACAACAAUGGCAACGGCAAUGGCAACAGCGGCAACGGCAACGGAAAUAGCAAGGCUGUCAUAUCAACAUCGCCUACAUCUCCUACAUCGUCUCCUACAUCGUCUACAUCGUCUACAAUAUACAUAACUUCCCCCAAACCGUGGAAACCAUCAGCAAACAGCGCGGAAAACCACAACGACGACCAAAACAGCAACCACUACGGCGGUGCAUACGAUAACCGUGACCACCAUACCACAGUAUCAGCAGCAUCCACGACUCAGUAUACAACUUUCAAGAUCCAGGCAUGUAAAGCACCCUUGCGGUCUACAGCACCCGGCAGAAAUCCUGACCGCGCUGGCAGUAAUGCCUGAUAUGGUACAAAGAAGAGACCUGUAACUGAUUUUCCAGUGUUCGGAUAGUGGUAAUGGCGUUAAAACGGGAGGGUUUUCAGAUAAAAAAUGAAACAAAGCAUCGUGUGACCUAAAUGCAGUUC